ACUCAUUGUGUCUGUGUCGAGGCGUCGGAAGGGCCUAGGUCUGUGUCCAGCGCCCUUCGGCCGGCCAGCACCCCAAAGUCAGCACCCUAUUCUCGCCCAGCUCCCCCAGGCCGCUCCCGGGGCUCACGGAAUACUGCUCAGAAACAGUUGCCAUAAAGCAUUUCCAAGGACUGAGGACGGCGGAGACCCUAUUUGGAUCAAGUCUGAAUGAUGACAGCAGACUCAAGGAAGGCCACAGGUCUGUCCCCCCAGGCUGCUCAGGAAAAGGAUGGCAUUGUAAUAGUGAAGGUGGAAGAGGAAGAUGAGGAAGACCACGUGUGGGGGCAGGAUUCCAGCUUGCAGGAGACGCCACCUCCCGACCCAGAGAUCUUCCGCCAGCGUUUUAGGCACUUCUGCUACCAAAACACUUUUGGGCCUCGAGAGGCUCUGAGUCGCCUUAAGGAACUUUGUCGUCAGUGGCUGCGACCAGAGGUAAACAGCAAGGAGCAGAUCCUCGAGCUCCUGGUGCUCGAACAGUUCCUUUCCAUUCUGCCCAAGGAGCUGCAGGUAUGGCUGCAGGAAUAUCGGCCCGACAGCGGGGACGAGGCCGUUACCCUCCUGGAGGACUUGGAGCUUGAUCUGUCAGGACAGCAGGUCCCAGGCCAAGUUCAUGGGCCUGAGAUGCUUUCAAGGGGGAUGGUACCCCUGGAUCCAGCACCGGAGUCCUCCAGCUUUGAGCUUCCCUCCGAGACCACCCAGUCACAGUUCAAGCAUUCAUCCCGGAAGCCCCGCCUCUUGCAGUCACGGGCUCUCCCUGCGUCCCAAGGCCCGGCCCCUCGUCCUGAUGGGCGUCCCAGAGAGCAGGCCGUGGCAUCUGCCCUGUUCACAGCAGAUUCCCAGGCAAUGGUGAAGAUCGAGGACAUGGCCGUGUCCCUCAUCCUGGAGGAAUGGGGAUGUCAGAACCUGGCUCGGAGGAAUCUCAGUAGGGACACCAGGCAGGAGAUGUAUGGGAACAUGCUUUCCCAGGGUUGUGGAAACAGAAAUGAGAAUGAGGAGUCAUCCUCAAAGACCAAAAUUGGAGAAGACUCAGCAUCACAUGGGGAAACAACAGGAAGAUUCCAGAAAGUGUUUGGAGAAAAACGUGAACAGCAGAGCAGAAUAACAGAAAGGCAGCAGAGAAACUCUGAGGAGAAAAUUGGAAGAGAGAGAGAUUCCGGGCCAGCUCCAGUUAAGGGGAAAAAACCCACCACCGGAGAGAGGGGCCCAAGAGAGAAGGGUAAAGGACUGGGAAGAAGCUUCAGUCUGAGUUCAAACUUUAAUACCCCUGAAGAAAUUCCCACAGGAGCAAAGUCUCAUAGAUGUGAUGAAUGCGGCAAAUGCUUCACAAGGAGUUCAAGCCUUAUUCGCCAUAAAAUAAUCCACACUGGAGAAAAGCCCUACGAAUGUAAUGAAUGUGGGAAAGCCUUCAGUCUCAACUCCAACCUUGUCCUGCAUCAGAGAAUCCACACAGGAGAGAAACCUCAUGAAUGUAAUGAGUGUGGCAAAGCCUUCAGUCAUAGCUCAAAUCUCAUUCUACAUCAAAGGAUUCACUCGGGAGAGAAACCUUAUGAAUGUAAUGAAUGCGGGAAGGCCUUCAGCCAGAGCUCAGACCUUACUAAACAUCAGAGGAUCCACACCGGGGAAAAACCCUAUGAAUGUAGUGAAUGUGGGAAAGCCUUCAACCGAAACUCAUACCUUAUUUUGCAUCGGAGAAUUCAUACCAGAGAAAAACCUUAUAAGUGCACUAAGUGUGGCAAGGCCUUCACCCGGAGCUCAACCCUCACUCUGCACCACAGAAUUCAUACCAGAGAGCGAGCCUCGGAUUACACCCCAGCUUCCCUGGAUGCAUUUGGAGCAUUCCUGAAAAGUUGUGUGUAAACGAAGAGUUUGUCCACAGGCCAUUUCCUCCUUUGGUUUCUAAAAUUACUUCAGAGAUGUAUGC